AUGGGGUGCUUGAAAUCUUUCUCAUUGUCAUGCCACUAUUAUCCAACUUGCCCUGAGCCCGAUUUGAAUCUAGGAACAAUCAAACAUUCAGACCCCUCAUUUCUUACCUUAGUUCUGCAGGACGAGAUUGGGGGCCUCCAAGUCUUCCAUAAAGAUCAAUGGGUUGAUGUGCCACCAGUGAAUGGAGCUUUUGUAGCAAAUCUUGGUGACUUAUGCAGAGUGCUCACUACCUCACUUGUGAAGCCACAUAUAUCAGUUGCGUCUUUCUUCGUUCCCGUGGAUAGUGACAAACAUGUCAAGCCAUAUGGACCUAUAAAGGAGCUUCCAUCUGAGUUCAAUCCGCCAAUAUACAGGGACACCCUCUACAGAGAAUAUACCGGGUAUUACAGAGUUAAUGUUCAACACGGUAGCUCUGCACUGCCUAACUUCAGACUGCACUGA